AUGCCUGAACAAUUCGACAACGCAGCCCUCCUCAGAGACGCCGACGCCUGUCUGCUGAAGUAUGGCUCCAACUUCCUACCCGAGGUAGUCACUCGGACGGAAAACAUAUACUUCUGGACAGCGUCGGGCAAGAAAGUGCUGGACUGGACAUCGGGCCAAAUGUCCUGUCUGAUCGGACAUGGACACCCUGAAAUCGUCGAGACUAUCACCAAGCAUGCUAUCGGGCUGGACCAUGUGUAUAGUAGCAUGGUGUCCCCGCCCGUGAUCGAGUUGGGGAUGAAGUUGACCAAGGCCCUGCCGGAGGGACUAGACAAAGCCAUCUUUUUAAGCACCGGGAGCGAAAGUAACGAAUGUGCUAUCAAGUUGGCGAAGGUGGUCACUGGGAAGUUUGAGAUCGUGGGUUUGGCGGCGAGCUGGCAUGGUAUGACGUUUGGGUCUAACGGGGCUCAGUAUUGGAAUGGUAGAGCAGGAUAUGGGCCAACGAUGCCAGGAAACCUCAUGCUGCCUGCUCCCGACGAGUACCGCUCGAUCUUCCGCCAUGCUGACGGCUCGUAUGAUUGGAAAACGGAGCUGGACUAUGGUUGGUCUCUGGUUGACAAACAGUCCUGCGGAUCACUGGCCGCCGUAAUCAUGGAACCAGUUCUGUCCUCGGGAGGCAUGAUGACGUUGCCGGAUGGAUAUAUGAAAGCCAUGAAGGCCCACUGUGAGGCGCGAGGGAUGCUUCUGAUCGUCGACGAGGCUCAAACUGGCAUGGGACGAUGCGGCGAUCUUAUUGCUUCAAACCACCACGGAGUCGUCCCGGACAUCCUGACCCUGAGUAAGACCCUGGGUAACGGCCUCCCGCUGGCCGCGACAAUAACCAGUAGCAGGAUAGCAGCCGAGGCCGAUGCCGCUGGCUUCCUAUUCUAUACCACCCACGUCAACGACCCCUUGCCCGCCGCGGUUGGGCUCAAGGUGCUGCGGAUUAUUCAACGGGAUAACCUGGUUGAAAGGGCAGCUGUUCUCGGGAAGCUGUUACACGCGGGGUUAGAGCGUUUGAUGGCUCGAUACGGCUGUAUUGGCACCGUACGUGGCCGUGGGCUCAUGGCCGGGGUCGAGAUUGUUUCAGACCGCGAGACGAAGAAGGCAGAUACCGACCUGGGGAGACGGCUUUCCGAGCGAGCUUUUGAGCUGGGCGUUUCUGCUAUGCUCUCCUCACAGGGUAGCUUCUACGGCUGUCUGAGGAUCGCACCGCCCAUCGUGAUAACUCAGCAGCAGCUGGAGGACGGACUCAACAUUCUGGAAGAAGCGUUUCGAACCACGGCGGGUUCAAAGCCAUUGUACUAG